UUAAAAACAACCCAUAAACAACACAGACCAGUGGUAUUCCAGUGAUUUCUCGCCCCAUCCUCCAAAAAGAUUUUCGGCAUUCCACAAAAAUAAUUGCAUAUCAUUAAUCAUUCUGGUUACUUGAGCAACACUUGACAGAGCUGAAGUGGCUCUUACAUUAAACCACAAAUCUCUUAAUAGAUGAUUACAAAAUUGUAAGACAAAGAGAAAUGAUGUGUCGCCAGUUUCCCUGCUUGCCUGAAGAAGAAUAAAACACGUGCCCAAAGUUACCCAAUAAAUAUUCUUGCAAAAUAUGUAAAGAAAAACACGUCUAAAAAACUAAACAUUUAUUACCACAUAGAAAUGUGGGUAUACGGGUUAAAUAAACACAUCUAAAAUAAAAACAAAACAAAUAGUUCAAUAUGUCUACGUCCACAUCGAAAGCGCGUUCACGCCUUCAACGGGCAAAACUUCAGUUACAGACAAGAUCGGCGAGGAACAGGACACAAUCCGGUUAAAAUGACAGACAUCACACAACGCCAAUAAACAGGCGCGCUCUGAAACGCGAGCACCAAUCACGGCAUGGAUGAAGGGCGGGACUUCCUGUCGGUGACGCGGUAGCGAAGUGGAAGCGCCGCCGUCAAUCAAAUUAGGAAAAAAACAAACCGGACUAAAGCGAGCGCAGGCACCGAUUAAAAUAACCAUGCUCGGAGUGUAAUAUAACGUAAAUAUCAGCGUUUAAAAAAUCAAGUAAUGACCGGUACGUAGAUGGUUUAGCAGCGCGGGAAUGGCUGCUUUGAAUCUUUGUGCAGACUCUGUGUAUGCUAAGCUAGGCUAAGCUAACGCUAGCUGGCGGCGCUUGAAGGGCCAGCGAAAGCGGGAGUGAUGGCGGACAGCAGCAGCGCUCAGGGCGGCAGCGGCGUGGAGCAGGACGGCCAGCCCUCGCCUCUCGCCCUGCUUGCCGCCACCUGCACCGGCCUCGGUUCGCCCGCCCCCGGGGGAGAGAACGGGGCGAACUCUAAUAGUGCCGCUGGAAUGAACGCAGACAUCUCCAUGCAGUUAACAGGGUCGUCUGACAGGUGGGAGGCAGUGAAGGACGAUUCCGGUGUCUUGCAUCUCCCCGGCACGGGUAUCGUCACAUCCAACGGGCAGUACGUUCUUCCUCUCCAGAGCCUGCAGGGUCUCCAGAACCAGUCCAUCUUACUAACAUCAGGGACAGACGCGUCCACCGGCACAGUGCCUAACAUCCAGUACCAAGUGAUCCCUCAGGUGCAGACGGCCGACGGGCAGCUGGGUUUCUCUGCCUCCGUGGUUGAGGGGGCCUCGAUGGCGCAGGACGCCUCGGGGCAGAUCCAAAUCCUCCAGGACGGGACUCAUACCAUCAGCGUCACGGGAGCGGCCGACAUUCUUAGCAACAGUCAGAACCUCAUGACCCAGUCCGGCCAAGUGCACCACAUCCCGCAGGUUUCUCUGGGAAGUUCUGGCUUCAGCAGUCAAGGUCAGGUGGUCACGAACGUGCCUCUGGGUUUGCCUGGGAACAUUACCUUUGUGCCCAUAAACAGCGUCGAUCUGGACUCUCUUGGACUCUCGGGGGCCCAGCCGAUAGCCACCGGCGUCACGGCCGAUGGACAGCUGAUCAUGACCAAUCAGGGCAUGGAGAACUCGGAGGGCUCUGAGAAAGCGGGACGCCAUCAGCAGACGCUCAACUCUAAUGACAUGUUCGUGCCUACUACGUCUUCAGCAUCCUCGCUGCAGGCCAGCACGAUAGAUGGCACGGGCGUGCUGACGCAGCCUACGGCGGGAGAACAGGGCGACGGGUCGGGCUACCUCAGUCAGGGUGUGGUGCAGCUGUCGGGAGGACAGCAGGUGGUCCAGCUGCAGCAGAUGCACUUGCAGAGCAAUGACGGUCAGGUGUCCGCUCAGUCCCACCAAACCCUGCAAAACAUUCAGCUCAUCAACCCCGGAACCUUCCUCAUCCAGGCCCAAACGGUCACGCCCUCAGGACAGAUACAGUGGCAGACCUUCCAGGUCCAAGGAGUUCAGAAUCUUCAGAACCUUCAGCUCCAGACGGCUCCAUCUCAGCAAAUCACUCUGGCCCCAGUGCAGACACUCUCUCUGGGUCAGGGCGGUACACCGGUCAGCCUGACGUCAGGACACAUUCCUAACCUGCAGUCGGUUACGGUGAAUUCAGUGGGACAGUUCCAGCAGUCUGAGGACACUGAUAGCACGGGAGAUAUUCAAAUUAAGGAGGAGCCUGAUUCGGAGGAGUGGCCUCUGGACAGUAGCUCUACGCUGAAUGCCAAUGACCUCUCUCACCUUCGUGUUCGUUUAGUGGAGGAGGAGAUGGAGGGCUUGAGCCAGGAGGGCAAACGGCUGCGCAGGGUCGCCUGCACCUGCCCCAACUGCAAAGAGGGAGGCGGGAGGGGGUCUAACAUGGGCAAGAAGAAGCAGCAUGUGUGUCAUAUAGUGGGUUGUGGAAAGGUGUAUGGAAAGACGUCUCACUUGCGAGCUCACCUGCGCUGGCACUCAGGGGAAAGACCCUUCGUCUGCACCUGGAUGUUUUGUGGGAAAAGGUUCACACGCAGUGAUGAAUUACAGCGACACAGGAGAACGCACACCGGAGAGAAGAAGUUUGUGUGUUCGGAGUGUUCGAAGAGAUUCAUGCGCAGCGAUCACCUGGCCAAGCACAUAAAGACGCACCAGAAUAAGAAGGUAGGGGGCGGAGCUGUGGUGGCCAGCAUGGGCGGGACCAUGUCCUCAGACAGCAUCAUCACGGCGGGGGGGACCACGCUCAUCCUCACCAACAUCCAGCCGGGCACCAUGCAGGGCCUGGCCACCGUCAAUGCUACGGUCAACACCUCAGGCUCACAAGAGCAGCUGGGUACAGCGGAGAUUCCUCUGCAGUUAGUCUCCGUGUCCGCCGGGGACACGGCCGAGUGACCACAUGACCGGAUGUGGCGCAGAGAUGGGAAGACGUUCACGGGAGGAACCGCUGCUUUGGGAUGCAACUUGAACAUUCUGUCAGACUGCUAAGGUUCCGUCUCUUCCUGUAUGACGUCACAUCGUCUGCUAUGGCCUCAGACUUCAUACAUCACUCACGUCACGCAUAUACCUUGCUUUUAUACCUUUACAUAUUUACCCUUCUUAACGUAAAUAUGUACAUUUACGUGAAUGCAUAUAUACACACAUAUAUAUAUUUUACAAAUAUAGAGUUAUUGGGGGUUUUGUUCAUCUUUUUAUGGGGAAGCAUUAUUUCUUUUCACAUACAACACUGAAAUGCCUUAUCUUGUAUUAUAAGCUGCCGUGUACAAAGCGAAAGUUCUUCGUUCUUCAGGGGUGUUUUAAGCACCUGUUUCAGUAUGUACUUGUUGGUAUGGGGUUUAAUUAUGUUGUAUAAAGAAUGCAGGAGCGGUGGGGAACUGGUGGCUAAUGUUCAAGUUCACAAAAAAUAAUUUUCAUUAAUUACAUACCCUCAUGUUGUACCAAACCUGUAUGGAUUUUUAUAAAAAACAAUUUUAUGCAGUGCAAACAUUUUUAUGUAGCUCCCUCCUACAAUAACCCUUUACAUAAAACAACACGAGUACAAAAAUGAUUCCUAAAAAUGGUGCUUAAAGUCUUCUAAAGCUGUGUGUGAGGAACAGACUGAACAUGUUCCCAGGCUUGACCAGUCCAGGGUUGCAUCUAUCCCUGAAAUAUUACACAUCACAUUGUGUAAAUGUUGCUCCAUUUGGCAGCAUACACGUCUGAGACGAUAUGAGGGUGAAUACGUAAUGAAUGUUUUCUUUUGGGGGUGAACUUAAAUGUAGUUUAACUCUAGGUCACAAGUGACAUUAGUGGUGUACGUUUUUCAAAUGUGGAGAAAGAUGGAACACGGGAAGGAUCGACUCUGAAGUUUAGCGUUGUGCUGUUGGGAGUCGUGAAAGUGUCCAGCUGUGUCUUUAAAAUGUCUCCUGAGAAUGGGGUCUUAUUUGAUCUAGUUUUAUUUUGUGUAGGGAAUCCCAGGCCCAAUAAAUGGGGAACAUAAACAAUCAUGUAAUUAAGAACAUUUUAUGUAUCGUUAUUCUCAAACCGGUCGAUCGGAUCUCUAGUAUGCAUUUGUUGCAAAUUAAGUCUUUUUCAGCAAAAAAUGAUAUUUAUAUACAGUGUAAUCUGGAUUUUUUUUGUGUAUAGAACUGCUUUUCUAAGAACAAACUACCUUUGGCUUCACUUUUUUUAAGAACUGUAUGAGUCAAGAAUUUUUUGUAUGAAAUGAAUUGGUUUGUAGGUUGCCAAAUUGAACUUUAUUCAUACCAUGUGCGAGAGGAAAAACUGUUCUUUUAUGUCUAUCUGUUAAUGUGCAGACGUGUGUUUCAGGACCAAAAGAGCAGCUCUUCUACAUGAGCUGUGGCAAAUACUGGCACCAGGUGUAACAGACUGUAAAAACCAAAUGCAUUGUGGGACGGUAUCUGUGUCCUUUACAGUAGGGGUCAUGUCUUGAGAAGUGGCAUCACUAACUAACUGUGUGGUGAUGUAGAAAGUAUGUUUGGUGUUUUGUUGUUGUAAAGGUUUUUUGUCUUCGUCUGCUCACCGUAACCACGUUGAGGCUCUAUCGCCUUUAAUCGACAUCCUUCAGAGACAAAGAGAUUGUCAUCCUUAAAGGAGAAUUAUUCCCUCUCUCAUUGUUAGACUGUGAGUUUGAUCAUUGAAUACUUGUGAAGAGUUGUCAGGGAGAUGCACUCAUUGCUGUCUGUUCACAUAAAAGUUUGGCUUUGUUUUAGUUUGGUACUGUACAAUUAUUGUCCUCUUAUCUGUUAUUUUUUAUUCCUUCAGCUAAUUAUGAUUGAGUACUGUUGCCAAUUUUAUUUAUAAGUUUUUAUACCUCCCAUAGCCAACAGGUUUGUACACUUUAUCCCGUUUCAUAUGGUUUGAUUGACAAGACCCAGCAGGCAAACGCCACCUACUAUUUGGUUUUCUGAUUUGAUGGCUCCUUCUUCUGUCACAAUGAUCCAGAUUGCGUUUUACUAUGUUUUCCUAGUUUGUGAUGUCUAAUUUGAUUUUAUUCAUUAUAAAUAGCAUCUUGUCAUUUCUCUUUUAUAAUUUUUAUUUGGUCUUUUCUCCAAGAAAGCUUCAUGCUAUUGUACAAUGCCCACUUUUGAGGGCAGCUGUUUAUUUCACACUAAAAUGACUAAACAAUC